AUGGCGGUGGCGGCGAGCGGCGAGCUGUGGACCGUGGUGGGCGGCGGGGCGAAGGGCGGCCUCGCCGUGCGGGGGGGGAGCGACCUCUCGGCGCCCGAGCUCGGGGAGCUCCUGGCGACGGGCGCCGUGGUGAAGGCCCUGGAGCGCGAGGACGGCCGCCUCCGCUUCGAGCUCGUCGAGGGCGAGGGGCCCGCCACCGGCUGGGUGAGCACGAGCUUCAAGGGCAAGGAGAGGUUUGUGCAGUCCUGGCGCAAAGGCACCUUUUUCCGUCGCAGCGCGGCAGAGAUCGUGGCCACCUUCGAGGAGCUUUUAGGGACAGUCGAGGCCGCUGUGGACGAGCUGCUCUCGCGGGGGAUGGCGGAGCGGGACCAGCUGCAGCAGACGCUGGCCACGCAGCUCACGCCGGUGGGCGACCUCACCCUGUCGGAGACGCUGACGAGGCGACUGCUUCAGAAGUUCUCGCAGAGUGUGACCGCCUUCCUCGGCGCCGCGGUUGGCGACUACGGCUUCCUGGCCACCGCCGUGCGGUCCGCCGGGGAGGCCCUCGGAAGAGGUCUCAGAGCAGCUGGGCAGAAGCCGUUGGACGACAUGCUCAAUGCCACCCUCAGCAGCGGUGGCCUCUGGCUGGAGGAUCUUAGAUCGCAGCUGACGUCCUUGGAAGGAGAAAGCUGGCCACGGGGGGCAUCAAGACCCAGGCCAGUCUGGGCAGCUUCCUGCAGUCCGCCACGAGGAGUCUGCUCCGCCUCGGAGUCGAUAUCGAAGUUCGUCAAUCUCUUCCAGAGAGGCUUCCUGGACGUGAGUGACCACCUGACUGAUGCAGUAGCGUCCCGGUUGCCGGCAGACAUGACUGCCAAGAUUUACGAGGCCACCAGCGCCAUACAGCACUCUGUGGGCAGCAUCGUGUGGAAGCUGAAGAGCGCCAAGCGAGAGCUUGUCUUAGGUGUCAACCAGGAGGAAUCGCCGACAUCGCGAACGCCCUGAAGAUACAGCCGAGCCCAGUGGUGGCAUGCAGCGCACAGCUGCCCCUGGCUGUGGUCGACGAGAGCUUUGAGGUCCUCGCCUACAUGCACACGCUAGCUGCCUUUAUGUAUUCGAGAGGCUUGCGCCAUCCUGACGCGGGCGCCAGGGUUUUCGAGAAGCGCUCGGCCUCGACCCGCACCGAGCAGGAGGGGCUCAGCGCUCCUGCUCGCGCUGCUGGCCCUCGGGCUUGACGCGCUGCACCCCUGAGGGUGCCGAGCCGAGGCACGUGGGGCACGGUGGCGGAUUUGUGCCACGACGGUUUUUGUGACGCUGUCUUGCAGGCACAUCGGAGAAGACACAUUUUUCCUUCUUCCAGCACAGGGAUAGGACGGAUUGCUUUUGCAUUGGACGGCGCGCACCGUGUCAGCCUAGACCUUGUCAGGUUCGGGAUGGCCUUGCCCGAAUUGAGUCUGCG